AUGGCACCAAUUCAGGUUGCCACUGGCUCUGCUCAGCAGCAGCAGCAGGUGAGGGGUGCGCCGGGUCCCAUUUAUACGGCCUCGUUCCCGGCGGUCGGGGAAAGAAACCAGCUAUGUCCGAUCUCCUCCAUCUUGACGACGGAUGUGGAUCCGGUGCAGUUGAUGCCCAUAUGGAGUCUUACUUACGCCGUACGUCCGGCCGUGCUUCCGGCCGAUGCCCCGGUCGUAGCCCCGGUCGUAGCCCCGGCACCGGCAGCGGCCUCACCAGUGCAGGCACCUUCGAUUCCUGAGGUCGCGGCGCCUGGGCCCUCGUCGAUGCCUGGGCCUUCAUCGACGAAUACUCCCCCGGCAAGGCCCAGAAAGAUUAAGAACGCCGCCGGGCGGACGCUACUUCCGAAUGCCCGUCCCAAGAUCCAUGUGCAGACCACGAGGGCGCCUCAAAACGGUGCACAAUCCUCAACCUCGGCGCCGAAUCGACCUGCGGCUUCAGCUUCAGCUCCGGCUCGAGCCUCGGUCGCGGCUCCGGCUCCUGCUGCCGACCAAGUUCCCGCGCAACCAGCGGUCGUGGCCGCCAACCAGGGGGGGAAGCACGGGGUCGUGGGCAAGUUGGUGGCCGAGAAGACGUUCAAGGAGCACAGACGUGCCGAACGGGUCGAUAGAGCAGGAACCCAGCAGAAUCCUAAGUGCGGGAAAUGCGUUGCGGGAGGCUACGAAUGUGUUCGGAGGACAACUGGCCCGUGUAGCGUCUGUAUGCGCAUGUCGGAUAAGUGUUCCUUCACGGGCCUAUCUCUGAGACAGAGAGAGGUUAAUAAGCGGACGCGCAAUGCGGCGGCGGCUACUACCAAUGCUUCUGUUGUUGGUCCUAGUCCCGCUACUCAACAGGCACCACAGCAGCAGCAAGGGUCAGAGUCGUCUUCCGAGGACGAGACACAUGACGACGGACUUUCUGACUUGUUCGUUCCCGGACAGCAGGGAGAAGAGUUCGGCGCCGAUUACGAGAAUGGGGACGCGGGCGAGAGCAACAGCGUUUCGAGCGGGACGCUCGAGGCUAGCUCAAAUACCCCAGGUACCUCGCCUCCACCUGCUGUCAGGAAGAGGUCGGCCGAAGUCGAGGAAGAUGGUGACGAGUUUCCUGAGUCGAGGCCGAAAAGACUUCGUACGGAAGCAGUUCCGGCUGCCAACGACACGAGAGAUUGA